AUGGCUUCACAGGACAGCUUUGCGGAUCUUCUCUCUCCACCUGACGUGUCGGAGCCGUCAACACCACACAUGCCACACAUGACACUACCCGCAAGCAACAUACAGGCCGUGGCUGACACUCAAGCUCAACGUGUCGACGAUGCGACCAAAGGACCAACACCGUCACAACGAGCCAAGACGCCCACGCCUACACCGAGCGCCUCUCACAUCUCGACACCGCCACCGACCAUCUCCGGCACAACGACGGCCCAAACAUUCCGUCUAUCACCUGCGACAGUCACUGAUAUGAAGCCUGCUGAACUUGCCGUGGCAUCAGCCGAAGCCCUCCGGACCAAAGUCGAAGCUCUCCAGGCUGCUCUCCGCGAUGCCAAGAUGUCAGCCGCUCAUCACGAGCUCCAGUAUAAAAUGCUACAACAGGAAAGUGCCGCCGCCCUCGAGCGCAUGGCCGUGGAAGCCCGAAUGGCCGAAGACGAGCACAAUUUCAUAUACAAGACUGAGCAGGCUCGUGUAGCUGCAACACCCGUCCAGCAACCGUCACUACCAGAUGGUGUCAUUCCCGUGCACAAGCAUCUGUACCAACGUCUCAACAUCGAGCUCCAGAAUCUGCAGGACACCAACAAGCAGUGGGAGCGGGAGUACAGCCAGCAGGAGAAACUGAUCGGCCGACAGGAAAGUGAGAUUGCUAGCCUGGGCGACAAAGUCACUCUCCUACGCGAAAGGAUUCGUGAGACCAAGACUCGGAGUAAAGCUCUUGCCAACAACUACCGUCUGGACAGUACACCCCGCUCAGUCUACGGCACGCCACAUCGCUCACAAGGUCUGGAAGCUCUACUUCAAGCCUCGGAGAUGGCGAACCCGGAGAUGAGACAGAAGAAAGGGCAUAAUCGCAACACGCACAGCUUGUCCAGCUUGCCCACGACACCCCAACGGCUCUCCAAGGUCCAAGGUCCGUUGAUGUAUCAGACCCCCUCUCACCGCCAACCGCCUCUUCGCGUCCCGGCUACAGCACCUGUCCCACGUACAAGCGCCAUGCGCACGCCAGGUAUCUACGGCCAACCCAUCCUCCCAGUAAUCCCCCACCUUCCCGGUCCGCCCUCAGAAGAAGGCACCGUCUCCGCCCCCGAAGACAAUGACAGCGAAGCCGAGACCGACAUCCUCGACCCCGAAGACGACGGCGCCGAAGUCGGCGAAUCCCAAGCCUCACGCGCCGCCACUCAAAUGCUCAAGCGAAGUCGAGAGGAAGUCGAGACGAAGCGGAAUAGUUUCAAGGGGAUGGGGAUGCUGGAGCAGAGUAUUUUGCCGAGUGGUGGUGGUGGUGGUGGUGGUGGUGGUGCUGGAGGGGCGAGUAGUGCGGGCGCGGCGUUGAAGCAGACGAGGUUGUUUGGGCGGGUGAGGAAGGGUGGGGUGGAGAGGGUGGUGGCGGGUGCGGAUGCGGCGCCGCCUGCUGCUAAGAGGCAGAGGACUGAUGAGUUGGCUUCUGGUGCGGAAGGGAUGGGAGCUCAGGGACGGGUGGGACUUGGCAUUAGUGGUGUCAGGCAGUAG